AUGACACUACCGGACUCCACGACCACGGUCACGACCAAGCCCGGCCUAAAGCGCCUCGCCUGCAACUUUUGUCGACGAAAAAAGAUCCGCUGUAAUGGCGGCUCCCCUUGCACAAACUGUCUUGACCACAAUGAAGUCUGCAUGAAGACCACCAAGCGACGCCCGCGGAAGUCGAAAGGGACGGAGGACGUGGAUGCCCGACUUUUAAGGCUCGAGAGUCUACUACAAAUGAUGCACAAGCCAGGCGAGCUUGAUUCGGCAGCAGAGCAACCGUCUUCAGUCCUACCGUCAAGUGUAGGACAAAAUGCAUCCCAAAGAAACGAAGCUGGAUCCGGACACUCCAGUCUCAGUGAAUGCACCUCUUGGGUCAACACCGGGACAAUUUCGCAAGCUGCUGCUGCGGCUUGUUCUGGACAGAUCCCGGUGGUACACAAGUUUAUUGUCGCCAACAACGGCGGCACCAGUGUCUCAGAGAGUCCGAUGGCCACCUUCAACAGCCAGGCUGAUACACCGCAUCAGCUCAAACCAGGCCCCUCGAGACCGGAGCCCCAACAGUUGCCCAUGCCUGACGUCUCCAGAAAUACCCGUCCCAGCUCCUCACCUAUUGACUCGCGUGAUCUACGUGUCUGUAAUUCAGAUGGGGCACCUCAAAGAGCUUCGCCAAAUUUAGAUGAAAGUUUCGCCCUUCUCGAGAGAGACAUGCCAAGUGCUGAGGAGGGUGGCAGUGUGUAUUCAGGAGAGACAACCAAUUGGGAAUACCACGGUCCUCGAUCCUGGCUUUCAAUUUGUUCAAAACCAGGAGUGCAAUGGGUCAUGGAAAAGGUUGGCAACUCCUCGUUCCAGGACGCGGCGUCCGCAUUCACGGAAGAUAUCACACGUCGCUUGAAAAUCGACAUAGAUAUUUCCGGUGAAAGACACCCAGACCCGUCUCCCGAGACUGCGUGGGCAUAUACUCGAGCUUACUUUGAUGAGGCAAACGAAGCUGUUUUCGGCAUCGUUCAUCGCCCUUGGCUUGAAAGUAAACUGCAGGCGCAUUUGGCCAAUCCUUCUGGUGAUGAUGAUCCUGUCUGGUACGCGCUUCGUAACGCUAUAUUCGCAACUGGCUGUCGAAUUGUCCUCUCCCGGACGGAGUCUUUCAGCAAAGCUAAAAGAGAAGCAUGGCGAUACUUUCAAAACGCCCUCUCGAUGAACGUCCAGCUUCUGUAUCUCCGCACCUCAUUGAUGAGUGUCCAGGCAAUGACCAUUAUGACUGCCUAUACUGGAAGCAUCGGUAGCCCUUGUCUCGAAUACAUGAUGUGUGCGACCGCUGUACGUCUGGCAUGCUCAAAGGGACUGCACCGAGAGCCGCCUGUUGCUUGGAAUUUGAGUCAUCACGAGGCCUGCCACAGGAAUUGGGUAUUCUGGGCAAUCUAUUGUCUAGAGCGGCAGAUUGUCAGUCGCUCCGGACGUCCACCGAUGAUCGACGACGACGAUAUCAGUUGCCAAGUGCCUUGCUCCGCACCAGGAGGUGGUUUCCUCAACAUCAAUUAUUGCCAAAUCUCGAUCAAACUUGCCCAGUGGUCCUCCCUCGCGUCUCGGAGAAUUUCAACAAAGGAUGUUUCCCGCAAAGGACCUCAAGCCUUUGCUGGAAGCAUUCGCGAAAUUAACGAGCAACUUGCAUCGUGGUGUGAAUCAAUAAAAGGUUUCAUCGAUUUCAAUAGCGACAUCGGCCUCUCGAGACUGCCCGAAGGUUUGACUCUACAGCAAACAGUGCAGCUCUAUUUCUCCUACUACAAUUUAGUCUUGGAGAUACAGAGUACUCUCAUUCUACCGUGGUCAAAAGCUCUAUUUAAUCCCACAGACCAAGAAGUCCUUCGACCAGAAUUUGAAAAGUCUGCAGAAAUCGCUGUUGAGGUUUGCCGCAAGGCAAUUUUGACGACUAAGCAUGUACGGAUCAAUGCCGAUGUUUCAGAUUCGGUGGCUUUUCACGGCCCAAUGAAUGCACUGAUGCAUCUUUUCAUUCAUGUUCUAGAGCGGCCUCAUCUCCCCACGGCGAGAUCCGAUCUCGCACUGAUCGAUUUCGGUGCAGGUCAUUUUGCUCGACUGGAGUAUGACACCAACUCGGAGUAUUGCGUACCUUUCGCACGAUCAAUUGCGAACCUUGCACGCCUGGCUGUUGAGCGGACGAACAGGACGCCUUUGCCCACCGCACAUGACUCACUACCUUAUCAAGGCCCCGAAAUGAUAACCGACUCCUCUCUUCUCGAGUCCUUGGGACUGGAGGAUAAUUUUCAAAUGGAUAUGGACCCACCUUUGGGACGAGGCUCAUCCUCGAACGCUUUUGAUCUCGAGCUGGACAAUUGGAGUGCUUUGCUCCCGAUCUUCGCUCCGACCGAGGGACUGGCGGCCUUUACGUGA